CAACAAAAAUUACUAACAAAACUAAAAAACAGAAAUGGGGAUAGGACUAAUACUAAUAGUAAUAGCCAUAAUACUAUCAUGGAUUAUGGUAUCAAAAAUAAGAGAGAGAAGAUGGGUUUUACCACCAGGACCCAUGAGGUUACCACUAUUAGGAAACCUUCUUCAGCUAGGCAAGGAGCCGCAUGUAUCGUUUGCUAAAUUGGCUAGUCAAUAUGGUCCUAUAAUGACCCUAUGGCUAGGACCAAUGCGAACCGUGGUCAUAUCUUCUAGCGAAAUGGCUAGAGAAAUGUUCAAGAACCAUGACACGGUUCUUGCAGGUAGAAAGAUUUACGAGUCUAUGAAACCCCAACAUGAUAAUGAAGGUUCUUUGAUUACAGCUCAGUAUGGAUCAACAUGGCGGUUACUAAGGCGUCUUUGUUCCGUAGAAUUGUUCACGGGCAAUCGCCUUGAUGCCUCGCAAAAUUUACGUGCAAACUCCAUUGAUCGGAUGAUAAAGCAUUUAAGAAACGAAAGCGAGAAUGGCACCACAGCUGUUGAUCUUCACAAAUGUUUUUUCUUGAUGGCUUUUAAUCAUAUUGGAAACCUGUUGCUCUCCCAAGAUUUGGACCAACCAAAUUUAGAGACAGGGUCUAAAUUCGUUUACCAUAUAUGCAAGAUCAUGGAUGUGAGUUGUAAGCCCAAUAUAGCAGAUUUUGUGCCAAUUUUGAAAUGGAUUGAUCCUCAAGGUAUAAAAAGAAUGACCCAUUUCCAUACCAAACAAGCCUUUGAAGUUGUUCAAGGUUUUAUCGACGAAAGGAUUAAAAUUAGGUCAUGUCAAGUGCAUGGUGGUGAUGGGGAUAAAAGAAAGGACUUUCUAGACGUGCUUUUGGAUUUUCAUGGGGAUGAUAUCAAGGCGCCAUCUACCUUAUCUUCAACAUUCAUGAAAAGUAUCAUCAUUGAGCUAUUUGAAGCAGGAACCGAUACAACAUCAAGCACCUUAGAGUGGGCGAUGACUGAGCUCUUUCGUAAUCCUAUUAAACUUCAAAAAUUACAGGUCGAGCUACGAAGCGUGAUCAAUCCCGGAAACCAGCUUGAAGAAAAAGAUAUCGAACAUUUUCCUUAUCUAACUGCAGUCAUCAAAGAAACUCUAAGGCUUCAUCCACCAAGUCCUCUCUUAUUCCCGCACAGGGCCAUGGAAUCCUGCAAGAUGCUUGGUUUCGAUAUUCCCGAAGAUACUCAGAUUCUGGUAAAUGUUUGGGCAAUAGGAAGAGAUCCAAAGACUUGGGGAGAUCCUUUAGUGUUUAGGCCAGAGAGAUUUUUGGAGGCUGAUAUGGUGGUGGAUUACAAGGGUAGCCAUUUUCAGCUCUUACCCUUUGGUUCCGGUCGCAGAAUGUGUCCUGCUGUUCCUCUUGCUUCUCGUUUGCUACCAUUUGCUCUUGGAUCGGUUUUGCACACUUUUGAUUGGGUUCUGGCUGAUGACCUUAAACCAGAGGACCUAGACAUGAGUGAAAUUAUAGGGUUAACACUUAGAAAAUAUGUUCCUCUCAGAGCUAUUCCAAUCCCUUUCAAGCAUCGCUCAGAAAACUAGUAAUAUUACAAAAUAAUAUCAAUCAAUCUCUAUGUAUUUCUGCUAUAAUGUGGACAAUAAAAAAAUAGUGAUGUGGAGAUUUGUUUUUAUUUAAAUAGAUAUUGGCUUUUAAAUGA